CAGGAGAAGUCUCGCGCCCAACCACUGGUGUUUUUGUGUCACCUACUUGUUAACGAAUCUCUUCAAUGCGCGGAUCCCCGUCAUUAUCCACUCAACGUGCUUUGCGGGUGGCGCAGGCUAAAACGGUUUCUUCGUUAUUUGUUCUAAUGUGCACUCUUAUCUAGCGUAGCGGGUUUGUGACGGGAGGAGCCAUGAUACGCGGCAGUGGGGAUGGCGCGGACAGGGCGGACGGGGAAUGCGACGUAGAAACAGCGAAUGGCGCUGUAACGGGUGGUGCUGGUAGCAAGGUCUUCGAGAACAUCGUUAAGAAGGACCCUCGAACGCUCCUAGAGAAACUCGACACGCCCACAUUGGUGGCACCAGAGCUGGAGCCUGGACCAAGGAACCGUCUAGAUUCAUUCCUUAAAGCGCUCGAUAGGCUGGCUGACGCGCUGCAGUUCUUCGAGGCGCACAGCUACCUGGGCAGCUGCCGGUUCGAGCUGCGGCAGGGGAAGGGGCUGCUGGACGGUGCUGUGGGGCGACUGAGAGAGGAGUUCGGGGAGGUGCUGUCCGGUGCAAGUCUGGUCCCCGAGAGGAAAGCCCUGCUCCAGUCAGUAGCCUGCAAGAAGCCAGGGGAGGUGGUGCCGCCCAUGCCUCUGGUUCGGCCCGAGGCUGUGAAGCCGCUUCGCUCCAUGGCUGGCUGGAUGCUGGGGAAUAAAUACGAGUCGGCGUGCCUCUUACUGUACCAGGAGCACCGCUCUGCAGCUCUCCUGCGCUGUUUGGAGCGGCUAGGAACCACGGCGUUGAAGCGGGACGAGGUGGCAGCGCUGCCAUGGGUGGAGCUGGAGCCGCUGAUGAAGCGAUGGGUGGAGAACCUCAAGCUCAUGAUGCUCGUUCUGAUCACAGCAGAGCAAGCUGUGUGCAGCGACAUCAUCGGUCGCUCUCUCUCGUCCGACGCCAGAGCGCGGUGCCUCACAGCCGUGGCGCUGCCGUCGCUGAAGCAGCUGCACUCCUUUGGGGACAUCAUUGCAGACAUGCGGCGCGCACCGGAGCACGUCUUCUCCCUGCUCGAGAUGGUGGAAGCUCUCUUGGAUCUGAGGCCAGCGGUGGAGCAGCAGUUUCCUGGGGAGGCAGGGGGCGAGGUGCGGCACCACCUCUUCCUCAUCUGCUCCUCUCUCUGCGGCACCGUGCGCCGCACCAUAGCAGACUUCCAGCUCAUCGUCCAAUCGGAUCCAACACAGCCCCUCGCUCCCCCCGCCUCCUCCCUCGCCUCCACCUCCUCCCCCUCCGCCUCCUCCCCCACCCCUCCCUCUCUUUCCACCGCUUUACAUGCUGGGCGGGAGGGAGGGGAGGAGAGGAGGGAGGAGGGAGGGAGAGAGGAGGACGGGGAGGGAGGAGGAGGAGGAGGAGGAGGAGGAGGGGGGUGGAGCCAUGGGGAGGGAUUGGAUCUAGACUCAAGCCACAGAUCGGAUUCCAGCCAUCGAUCUCAUCAUGGGGGGGGUGGAUCGCACAAUCGGACGGUCAGCGGGAGCGGAUCCAAGGGAGGGGGGAUCCUGGGGGGGCUUUUACCCAAGAAAGCUGGCAAGGGGCAGGAGGAGGGGAAGGGGGAGGCGAGGGGGAAGGCGAAGGGGGAGAGCCGGGGGGAGGGUAAGGAGGUUGCUAGCCCCACGGGCCAGGAGGCGGCUCAAAAAGGGAGUCCGGAUGUGCACCCGCUCACAAGCUACGUGGUCAACUUCAUCCUGCUCUACUUCGACCAGACACUCUACCUGAGCACACUGCUUCUUGUGUAUGACGAGGAGGGCAACCAAGAAGUAGGAGCCAUGAGGGUGGGCGUGGCGACGCGCUCGCUGCUGUCAGCGCUGAAGCUGAACCUGGAGCGCAAGGGAGACGCCUUCCAUGAUGAGAUGAUGCGGGCGAUCUUCCUCAUGAACAACUGCGAGUACAUCCAGCGCAAAGUGGAGGAGCAGCAUGUGAAGGAGAUUCUAGGGCGGGUAUGGGUGGAUGACAAUGCAAAGGAGCUUGAGAAGCAUCGAGACGGCUACAUCCGGUGUAUCGUUAGCAAGGUAGCCACUGUGCUGUCUGAUCAUCGGGGGGACCUGCAAGCGUUCAUGAAGCGGCUGCAGGCGCUGCACGCCCUGCUGGAUGACAUCCAGGCGCACCAGAGAGGAUGGACCAUCGUGAAUGGCGACCUGCGGGCGCUUGUGAAGCUGGAGGUGGUGUCGCAGGUGCUGCUGCGAUACACUGACUUCUUGGAUAGACACAGGUCCAUAGUGGACAGCCGGGCCUCCAAGGUGCAGGUGCUUACACGGCUGGAGAUGCACGCACGGCUGGCAGAGAUAUUCAACUUGGUGAAGAAGCAAGCAUGAGAUGGUGUCAGUGACUAUUGAGUCGGCUUGAUAGCCAGGCCUCCAAGGUGCGAGUGAGUGCUAGCAGAGAUAUUCAACUUGGGGAAAGAAGCGCUGAUGAGAUGGUGGUUGGUUGGGGUUUUGGGAAGAAGGCGACUAUGAUUGAAAGAAAGUGGCAAUGACAUC